AUUUAAGUUAAGCCGUACUCAACAUGGACGAAUCGAUUUUCAAAGAGAAAUACCAAAAGUACAAGCUACGUGUCAAAGUAUGGGAGAGGGACUUCAAAAAGAAGCACGACCGAGUUCCCUCCAAGUAUGAUAUAAGAGAGGCCAGUCAAGAGAUACGUGACUCGUACAAAAUGUAUUACAAACUGAAAACAUCAUUUCUGGAGGAGACACUGAAUGAUGUGCUCUGCGAGGAUGGUUUCGAUGUGCUGGAAAUGACACAGGCCGAUGAUUUGGGUGUCACAUUAUUGGAUGAGAGCACGAGCACGGAGAGCGUCAAUGGUGGACCACAGUUGCCGCUGGACCUAUCAGCACUGAUGCAGCAAAACAGCGACAACCACUUCUCCAACAUUGAGGAACUGCCCACGCCACAGGCACUCAGUAAUCUCACAAAUCGCGAUGAGAAUCAUGUCAUACGCCAAUUUGAGCCAAUCACAGAGCUGCCCCAGAAUCAAGCCGCCUGGGGCGAGAGUGUCAGUAAACAACCGCUGCCUGCAGUUGUGGAGGCAUCUCCAAAAGAGACCGCCAAGCUGCGAACGCCAAGUAUUAAAGCCAGCGUCAGCAGCAAACUGUUUCAGUCGUCGCGCAGCUUUGUCAAACGUAAUCCCCGCAAGCCGCUCUCGCACAGUUCCCUCAAUCUGAGCGCCACGGCCGCAACUGUUGCAGGCGCAGGCAAUGACGCAGCAGAGCAGUUGCCCGAUUUGGAAACGAUACUCAUACGCAAGGCGCAGGAAUACAAGGCAGCGGAGUUGGUAGCGGCAAAUGCAUUGCUAAAAACGGAUCCCAACAAGGAGCCAGCUAUAAAAACGCAUGUGGAUGAGGGUUGGCUGCAACGCAACACGGCACAGAACUCGCUGGAGCAACAGUUGCCGACAACAACACCCAAAUCCGAGCCGAACAAUAAUCUGGCAAUGCCGUCCAAGAAAUCGAGCUAUGGCUUGGCCAAUUUAGAUUUAAGCAAACUAAAAACAAAUCACAAUCCAGAUAAGUCAGUGGCAGUGCCCGUCGCAGAGGAACAGCCAAUACCUGCAGUUUCAGCUCCGACUCCUAAAGAAUCCGAUUCAGAUUCCGUUGUGGCACACAGUGAGGAGGAGGCGGAUCAGUCGGAGUAUCGCCCCAUUGCCAAGCGGCGCAGAGUAAUGCCCACUAAUAAUGAAUACCCGCCAACAGCAGAGCCAGCAGCAGAGCUAGCAGCAAAGCCAGCAACACUUCCAGCUGCUCAGCCACAGCUGUCAGGUGAGGAGUCGGGCAAAGAUUUCUCAGCGGAUGAGGAACGCGAUGCCACCUAUGAGCCGGAGCCGUCCCGCAAAUCCAAGCGAAAGCAGGCAACAGCUAAGCGUCAAAGGCCAAAAACCGAAAUGAAACCAAACCCGGAAAAGAAACCAAAACUCGAAAAGAAGCCAAAGCCCGAAAAGAAAGCCAAGUCGGAGAAGCAAGUGAAACCCCGCAAAGCGCCCACUACAAAAGCAAAGUCAAAAGCAGGAGCUGCUGCUGCUCAAGCAGUAGAUCAGCAACCAGAACCAGAGGAGCAGCCGCUCAAUCCUCACGAUCUCAAAUAUGUUCUAGCCCUGGAAUCGGGUGACAUUACCUCCGUGCCACGCAUCAAGCUCGACGAACUAGAGCAAGCUGAUGAAAUGGCACAGCGCUACAUUAGCAACUUUGCCAGCGAAGCGCAGCAGACGAAAGAAGCCUUAGUGCCUGGACAUAAUAUGGAUGAAAAGCGUGCCGUGGCACGCAAGAAGCUGCAGGAGAAGAUUGCGGCUGGCAAGCUGAAUGAGAACUUUGUCACCAUUAAUAUACAGAAGAAGAAAUUUGUGCGCGGCAAGAAAUCGGUGAACUUUACGAAAUACAAAAAGACACAAUGGCGCCACAAGAAGCGAGUGGCAGCCUUGACAGGUCCCGAUAUGGAUAUGGGUGGUUGUGAUGGUGGUGUGCUCACCUGUUUUCAAUGCGGUGGCGUUGGACACUUUGCCCAACAAUGCAAGGUCAAGGGCGAUGCACUGCUGCCACUGAGCGCUCAGCUCGAGGAAGAUCCAUCGCCGUUUCCCACGCUCCAGGAGGUCGAGCAGAUGGCAUCGCAGAGUGCACUGGCGGCACAUAGCCGGAACAUUGCACGGCUGCCACAAGCUGCCAAUUCCAAAGCUAUCUAUCAGAGUAGCAGUAGCAGCAGCGAUGAAGAGGCUAUACAGUCGGGUAAGAAUGAAGAUGAAUCUGCUGACGAUGACGUGAACAUGUCUAGCGAUGAGCAGGACAUUGAUUUUGAGGCAUUGGAUGCGGCUGUGAGUGCGGCACAGCAGUCAACUCAAACUCAAGUGUCACCCAUCAAGAGCUAUGCGGGCCAUAAAAUACCCGAGGAGUUCCUCAAGCAGGCUGGCCUCGAUUCCAGCUCACCACCGGGCACCGGAGGGGUUAAGCCACUCUAUGAUCUCAAGCCAGAUGGCACUGUACAGGAGCUGACGGACGAGGUAACCGAAGCACUUCACAUGUUUGGACACAGCAGCUUUCGCAAGGGUCAGGAUCGUGCUGUGAUGCGUAUACUCAGUGGCAUGUCCACACUGGUCACCCUGAGCACAGGCAGCGGCAAAUCGCUUUGCUAUCAGCUGCCUGCUUAUCUGUACAAUCGGCGGCAGGGUGCAAUAACAUUGGUCAUAUCGCCACUGGUAUCUCUGAUGGAGGAUCAGGUGACGGGUGUACCGCAUUUCUUGCGCGCCCAGUGUCUGCAUACAAAUCAGACGCCGCAGCAGCGGCUGAAGGUGCAACAAUUGAUUGCCAAUGGCGAGAUCGAUAUACUGCUUGUCUCGCCGGAGGCUGUGGUUUCUGGCGAACGGGCAACAGGAUUUGGGGCCAUCUUGCGUCAGCUGCCGCCCAUUGCAUUCGCCUGCAUCGAUGAGGCGCAUUGUGUGUCGCAAUGGAGUCACAAUUUUCGGCCCAGCUACUUGAUGAUCUGCAAGGUGCUGCGCAAGAAUCUGGGCGUGAAAACAGUGCUGGGUUUGACCGCCACAGCGACGCUGCCCACGCGCAUCAGCAUCAUCAAUCAUCUGGGCAUUGAGGAUGGUGAAAGGGGCAUUAUAAGCGAUAUUCCAUUGCCCGACAACUUGAUACUAUCCGUGUCCAAGGAUGAGAAUCGCGAUGGGGCCUUGCUGCAGCUACUCAACAGUGCCAGAUUCGAGAGCUGCCAAUCGAUCAUCAUAUAUUGCACGCGACGCGAUGAAUGCGAGCGCAUUGCUGGCUUCAUCCGCACCUGUUUGCAGGAGCGCACAUCCAACGCGGCACCGGAGCAGACGAAGAGGAAGCGGAAGCGGGUCAACUGGCAGGCGGAGCCUUAUCACGCGGGCAUGCCCGCUUCGAGGCGUCGCACCGUGCAGAAUGCUUUUAUGGCCAAUGAACUUCGCAUUGUGGUGGCCACCAUUGCCUUUGGCAUGGGCAUCAAUAAGCCAGACAUUCGUGCUGUUAUCCACUACAAUAUGCCGAGGAAUUUCGAGAGUUAUGUCCAGGAGAUUGGACGUGCUGGCCGUGAUGGACUCAACUCGCAGUGUCAUCUCUUUCUGGAUGCUAAGGGAGGUGAUCAGAACGAACUGCGUCGUCAUGUCUAUGCCAAUUCCAUUGACCGCCAUGUCAUCCGAAAGCUGCUGCAGCGCAUCUUUGUGCCCUGCUGCUGUGACAAACAGCCGGGCAGCAAGUCCAGCAAAGAGACUACGCCUCAAAGUGAACCAGCGAACGGUGCACGCGUCCAUGCCUGUCCCGGUCAUGAGAUUGGCUUCUCGGUGGAGCAAACUGUCGAGGAGCUGGACAUACCAGCCGAGAACAUAUCAACACUACUCUGCUACAUGGAACUCGAGCCGCGCUGGUGCAUGAAUGUCCUCAGCUCCGCAUACAUCAUGGCCAAGGUGAUCUCAUACGGUGGUCCCAAAUAUCUGAAACAUGCCGCUAAGGAGUGCCCACCACUUGCGAUGGCCAUUGCGCUGCAGAUCAAGCGUAAGACCUUCAAGGAGGAUGCGAACUUAAUUGAGUUCUCCGUCAUUGACAUUGCGGCGGGCAUUGGCUGGAACAGCGGAGUAGUCAAAUACCAGCUAAAGAACCUGGAGUGGAUACAAGUCAAUGGCUAUCCGAAGCGUUCGCCGAUCACUGUCACCUUUUAUGAUUUGGGCUUUCGUAUCAAGGCGCCCGGAGAUUUCAACGAGGCGGAAAUUGAUAAUGCCCUCGAUACGCUGUACUCGCGUUCUGUAAAACAGGAGCGAACGCAGCUCAUCCAGCUGCAGUAUGUGGCCCACGGAUUGUCUGCGGUGGCCUACAAUACGUGUGCGUCUUGUUGCAGCGUCGAUUUUCCCCAAGAUCGCUGCUCGCAGCUGAAGGCCAUUAUACGCAACUAUUUCCGCAAUGACUAUCCGCAGGAUCUGGAACUGGAAAUAGAGCCCAGCAACGUGCCGGAUGACCACAUAAUUGCCGAUGUCCAUGCCCUAAUCAAUAUGUAUCCGGACAAUACAUUUAGCGGACGGAACAUUGCCCGCAUCUUCCACGGCAUACAGAGUCCCAAUUAUCCGGCUGUGAUGUGGGGACGCUGCAAAUAUUGGCGGGCACACAACAAAGUCGAUUUCAAUCGCAUCCUCAAGUUGGCCAAUUUUGAGAUUGUCAAGCGGCGCACGUGAUAAAUAAUCUGAUUCUGAUUCGUAUUGUCUAAGUUUAAGUUUUAUUUAUGUUCGUCUUAAAUUAAUAAUUAAAAAAUAA